AGUAGUAAAAUUGUUAUGAAAAAACAACACAGUUACUUGAAAAACCAAUGUGGGCACUAUAAACAAUUGUAGUGUAGUCCUGAACAGUUUUCAGUCAUGUUUCUAUGGCUAGAAACAUAAUAGCUUCAACAUAUAUAUCACCAUCCGAAUUAACUAAUGACAUCACACAACAAGGAAAACGUAAAACAUUGAUGUACUUGAGUUUUUUGCUUUAUGUUAAAUUAAAAAUGGAAUCCUAUAAAAGGUAAAACAUCAUUAUUUUCAAUGUUUUAAUCACGCAAUGAAAAUGUCAUCAACACUGGCACGCACGAAAGAAAUGUUAUUUAACUGAUGUAUACGUAUAGCUACACCUGUGUGGGAUUUGUUUCAGAUACUAUGCUAUAUGCCGGCCUUUGGAGGUACAGUAUAAAUGUACGUGGCCACGAGCACGUAAAAUCAUUCUGUUCACGUGGUUGGUUUCCACCGUCCUCUCGAUUCCGACGAUUUUCAUGACGACCUUCUUUACAAGCCAUUACGCGGACUUGCUUGCAAAGACUUGCCUGCCCCUCUCUGCCAACGAUUUGUAUCUUUACCUGUAUUUUUGCUAUUACCUGGGGUUGUUGUUCGUUGUGCCAGCGAUCAUCAUGUGCUGUACGUACGGCCUCAGCUGCUACGGGCUCUGGCGCAGCACUCAGAUCACAAUGACUCUGCAAGGCAAAAAGCGGGACGUAGUGGUGAAGAAGAGUGAAGGAGGCGCGGUGCAGAGCAAAACAACCCCAAAGGAACAAGAUGACGUUACCUCACGAAGGAGGGUCAUCAAGCUACUGAUCUUGAUUGUCGUGAUCUACAUAAUCAGUUGGGGGACUCCGCUAAUUGCCCAGCUCUAUGCUGCGUUUGUGAACGUCGACGACAGCAAAAUCGUUCGCCUUGUCAGCGACUCUCUCACCUUCUUGAGCAGUUCCGUCAAUCCGUACCUGUUUAUGAUUAUGUCAUCGAAAUUCGUGCCGAAGGAUCAUCCGUGUUUGAGGCUAUGCCGCCGACGUCGAGCUCUGACGUAUUCCAAAGCAAAAGGGUCCUCCGUCUCGAUGACUACAGCCACGACAUCCGCCACGAACGGACGCGACGAGUACGCUAAUUACAGCUAGAUAACUUUUUAUUUAACCCAUUUAUGCCUAGUGAACUCUCCCAUCCUUCUAAAUUGGAUCAAUUUAUUUAAAAAAAAAGGGAUGUCUAGUAUUUUCAUUUCUAUAUUUAGAAUAGUUCUUACAUAAAUUCCUUUAAGCAAACAGCACAGACCCUGAUGAGACGCCGCAUCAAGCGGCGUCUCAUUUAUGUCUACGCUGUUUGCAAAUGCCUUUUUUCUAGACGCUAGGCGUAAAUGGGUUAAGGAGCGUUGUUCGAAAACUGGGCAUAAUGCUUAAGCGUUAGGUGUCUGACCAGAUUCAGGGACGACACUUUCCGCUUAGACUAGACUUUCUCAAAGUAGAGACUUCCUUUAAACGAAAAAUACCAUAAAAGCGAACAGUUGUCCCUGAUUAGUCGUAGCCUCGACAGGCUAACCUGGGAUGACAGUUAACGCAAAUAGCUUUUAGCCUAAUUUUAGCCCAAUUUUCCCAUAACGAGGAUUAUUCACACAUAUUGUAACGUGUUAUAGAUGUGCCUCUUGUUUAAACAGCUCUAUUUUUUCAGUAAAUAAACUGUUGUGGCUUUUUUCAAGCAGUGUUUUGCAGGAAAUUCAACAGUUAUUUAACACUACAGUUGACGUAAGUUGUUACAUAAUAUCGCAUUGUAUUUAGAUGCACUAUUCUAGCAGUCGAAUCUUACACAUGCAAAUUAAUGGCGACGAAGACUUUUAUUUAUGUAUAUUGUCACGUAUUAUAGAUAUGCCUAUUUUAUUUCCGUGUAUAAAAGACCUAAGAGGCGAAUUUUUUAAAUCUUUGUUCCAAUGACAUUUCAAUAGUUUUUUUUAGCUUAUUGUUGUCAUACUUUGUCUCUGUAUUUUAUCUUUUUGACGAUGUUUUUUAUUUGUACUUAAUUUUCUUGCAUUGUUAUUUAAAAAAAAAAAUUUUUUUGUUAAAUUACAUUGUUAUAGUGUUGUUUAUGAUUAAUAUGUUAUCGAAUCGUGCUUUACACAUGACUCAUUAUUUUGGAGUACAUUUGUUUCACUCGUUCCUGAUGACUUUUAUUAAUAAAGAAAAUAAUUUUAAGAAAAACAUAAAAUCAAAAAGCAUUUAUUGUAACGCCUCGCUAUUCCAAAAGAUAAGUUUCUGGUUUGAACAACACGCGAUGAACAUUUUAAUUAUGUAUGCAAUAUUAUUAUUGAUAAUAUCGGCUCCAGAUUUCAUGUGUUUUAGAAAUACACAUAUUUGUAACGUUCGGACACACAUGCGAUGUUGUGUAUUGUGUAAUUGUGCUAUUGAACUAUUCUGUACAAUAUCAUUUAAUGUAGUUUUUUCUGUUUCUUUCAGUUUGAGCUUGUGACGUUUUAAAUUGAUAAAGUAUA